AUGAAGACAUCAAAUUUAAGUCGGUUCCGAAGAUUAUUAUUUCGUAAUGUUAAUUCGCUCUUCUUCUCUGUGUUACUGAUCUGUAGUUUAAUUCAGUGCAGUUGUGCAGCUGUACAGAAGCCGCAAAAUAACAAAGAAAAAGUAUUAAACGCCAGCAAUGUCGUUCUCUCGUCAUCCGAGGAGUGUGCGCGGGAGUGUAGACCGAACGGAAAGCCGAAGACAUGCUACUACAAAUUUACUGCGGAACUGUACACUGUACUGUCAGAGGCCUGCGAUAUCUGCACUCCUUCCGACAACAACACCCUCCACGAUUCUUGUCAGUGUGUCGUUGGCGACGGUGUCGAGAGAGCUGUGUUAACGAUAAACCGAAAGAUACCGGGGCCCAGCAUCCGACUUUGUAAGGGUGACACGGCCGUGAUAGACGUUGUUAACAAGAUGGAGGGCACGGAGCUCACCCUUCACUGGCACGGUAUCCUGCAAAACGGCUCUCCGUGGUACGACGGGGUCCCUAUGCUCACGCAGUGUCCCAUUCCCCACGGCGUGACUUUUCGAUAUCAAUGGGUCGCCGAUAAUCCCGGUACGCAUUUCUGGCACGCUCAUACGGGUCUACAAAAAAUGGACGGUCUUUACGGAAGCAUCGUUGUCGGGGUACCGCGUUGCGUGGAUCCAAGCGGUCCGUACUACGACGAAGACAAACCUGACCACGUUAUUGUUCUGAGCGAUUGGUUUCACGAAUUGGCCAACGAACGUUUUCCGGGACGUCAAAGUGUGCGCAGAGGUCAAGCCCCGCCGUCCUGUUUGAUCAAUGGAAAGGGACGGUACGAGGACCCGAUCACCAAUACCACUACCAAGACACCCCUCUCGGUGUUCACGGUGAAGAAAGGUCGCAAAUACAGAUUUAGAAUGAUAUGUGCAUUCUGCAGCGUCUGCAUCUCUCAACUGGUUAUCGAAGGACAUAGGAUGAAGGCGAUCGCGACCGACGGAGAAGCAUUUGUGCCCGUGGACGUCGAUGCCAUAAACGCUCUAUCGGGCGAACGUUACGAUUUUGUUCUGAACGCGGAUCAGCCCGUCGGUACGUACUGGAUACAACUUCGAGCUCUCGGUGAAUGCAGUGAAAACAAAGUACAGCAAUUCGCGAUAUUGAGGUACGAAGGAGCACCUGAAAAACCAACUUCACCGCAACCUACCUACGACAAUUGUCUCCCUAUGCCGGUGUUACUCAAUCCAGUCGACGGAUUAUGCGAAGAACCAAGAACCGACGCCGUGUGCAUCAAUCAACUGAAGAGCGACGAGAAAAUAGACCCGGGAAUUCUCGCCCCUAAUCCGGAUGUCCGGAUCUACUUGUCCUAUAAAUUUUCCGAAUUCAACACCACGAGACUUUACGGAACCAAGGAGUACGAAACUUUUUUGAUUCCACCAACUGGCCCCCCGAUCGUUUCGCUCAUCGAUGGAAUAUCCUAUGAAUUUCCAUCGUCACCUCCGCUGACCCAACCGAAGGAUAUUCCCCCCGAACAAUUCUGCAACGGACACAAUCGCCCUCCCGAUUGUGGGGAGUUUUGCAAAUGUACGCAUACCCACCAUGUGAAAAAAAAUUCCAUAGUCGAAGUGAUGACCGUCGACGAAGUUGGAGUGGCGCAACUUCAUCACCCUUUCCAUUUGCACGGUCACGCGUUCAGAGUGAUUAGUAUGGCUCGAUCUCCGGACAAGAACAUCACUAAAAUAUCUAUGAAACACGUUCGCGAUCUCGACAAAAAAGGAUUGAUCCGUAGGAGGUUCGAUUUACCACCGGGCAAAGACACGAUUCCUGUACCCAGCAACGGUUACGUUGUUUUCAGAUUCCGCGCCAAUAACCCCGGCUGGUGGCUGUACCACUGUCACUUCGUAUAUCAUCCACCGAUCGGCAUGGAGAUCGCGAUACACGUGGGUAACCAGAGCGAUCUUUCGCCAGUACCAUCCGGGUUUCCGAAAUGCGGAAAUUACAUACCUCCGAUCAGAUCUUCGAGACGUCCCGACAGGAAAUCGCAGUCCCAUUGAUGAGUCUUUGUUUUUUUUUCAUCAAUCUGCCUUGCGAUAAUUAUUUUUGAAUAAAAAUAUAUGUUUGUA